UCUUAUCUUUUUUGUUAUUCUUCGGUGUAAAUUGAGUGCUAACUCGGAAAAUAUUUUAAAAUUUCAAAACGUAAAAUGAUCUUUUGGUACAUUCAAAUUCUGUUACUUUUUCAAAUACUAUGCGGAAUUAACACAUCCAAUAUACCUUACCGUAUUUAUGAUAUGAUCCCUCAAGGUAUUUGUAAGAUGCAUCGUAUUCCUUUGUUGGAUAAUUUGCUAACGCCGUCGGAUCCGGUUCAAUUACCUAGCCCCGAAACAGGGGCAAUUUUUCGUCAAAGUUGGAAUUCGUCGACGUUCAAAAAAUUUUACGAUUGCAAGUUCUAUCUGCAGGCUCCAGCACAUAUGGGAUUAUAUUUAAGCGUCAGUAAACUGCAAUUGAGAAAGAAUAGCAGAGGACACUGCAUUGACAACGUUGUGGUGAAAAAGAGUAACGAUAAAAAAUAUCAGUUCUGCGAAAUAGAAGAUGUUAACGAAGUGAAGGUUUUUUCCGAUGAUCGCGGAUGGAUGAGAGUAACAGUUAAUUUGGAUUCUAAACUUGCACUACCAACUCUGGAGGAUACGCUUGAGGUUCAAUUUAUCGUAACAGUCAAGCGGAAGUGCAAAGAUUUUGGUUAUUUACCAUGUGAAAAAGACGAAGAUGAUUCGUGUAUUAGCAAAAGCUUUUUCGGAGAUGGCUUUUUUAAUUGUCCUGAAUGUGUAGAUGAAGAAGGUUGUGUCAUUGAUUCAGAGCAGGUUCUAAUUUUGAACCCGUCGAAUGUCUUCCUAAGUGCAUUGAUUUCUCUAUUUCUGACAAUGUUAUUUUUUGGAGGCUGUCUAUGGUGUGUGUACAGACAUCGCCGCUGCAUUACUGCUUGUAAUAGUAAUCACAUUGCGGCAAGUAAUCAAAAUAACCGAGAAAAUCGAACAUCGGUCCAUACUAGUGAUCAGAUACAGGUUGAGCUUCAUACAACAGCAGCGACUUUUGUACAACCUUCAGCUCCACCGGAUGAUGAUAAGGAUCUUCCACCCGCUUAUGAUUCGCUGUUUCCUGUAACUCCAGUAGGACGAUGAGCAAUAUAUAGUUUUAUAAUAAUUAUAGUUAAAUCUGUAUUUUUACAAUUUAAACCUCAGAUCACUUGCUAUUAAGAAUCAUUAGAUGCCUAUAAAAUUAACGGCAUGAUAUUGAAAGAAGUGCUAAACUUGAAGCAGUAUAACUAAAAAAAACGGAACUGACUGUUGUAAUAUAUUCACUAGAUAAGUACAUCAUAUUUCGCACCUAGUGUUCUGCCUAUACUCUUUUUUAAGUCCCGAAUGUAUUUUCGCCAUUUUUGAUUUAGCUUGACGAAAGAAAAGAUUUAGAAAUUUGUGGUACAAAUAAAAAAAAAUUAAUCGUCAUUUCCUCAACAUGCCGAAUUUUCAUAUAGGAUUGUUAUGUGAGUAUGGGUAGUGUUACACACUGUAUUACGAUAAGCUCGAAAGGAGAUUUUUAUUAGAUCUGCACAAAAAAGUGAUCGAAACGAAAUAAAAAAAUACAAUAAGAUCAGUCUAAGGUUAAUGAAAGUAGUUAUUUAUCAAAAUCGUCCUCCAAAUUAAUAAUGUCAUAUCGACAGUAUUUUUACAACGAAGAUAAAUGGGAAGAAAGUACUUGUGUUUCAUAUAUUAUAGAGGUAAAUCGAGGUGUGAUUGAAUUUGUAAAUGUUAGUGUAAUAGACUGUAUAUACUAAAGGAUACGUGUUGAUAAAACGCAUU